AUGGAUUUUUCCGAAGCUUUAAAAAUUCCGAUAAACAAAACGCACGCCCCACUGCCGGGUGUUAACGGUGGGCCAGUCGUCGGAAGUGGACACUCGGUUGGUGCGGCGGACCAGGGCGCUGGCUAUGUGACGGAAAAGCUUUACAUGCUGCUGCAGUUGUACCUGCAGAACAAGGGUUGGAAUCCGUCGGUUGAGCUACUGCAAUGCUUCGCCGAGCUAAAGGACACACCGAUCCUGCCUAGUGCGGCCUACCUGCAGGCGCUGGCGAGCCGGGUCGCGUUGGACAAUCAGGGCCGGUUGGUGUUGCGCGAAACGGGCAAAAUUGUGCUGCCGUACGAACAUUUCGCGAAUGCGGUCAUGCUUAAGCACAUGUCCGGUCCGCACGGGCUGCAUCUGAGUAUCGAGGCGACGGUGCGCGCGGUGAUGGACUCGUACACUAUCGGGCGAGACAGUUUCGGCAUGGAGAAGGAAUUCAUCGUGGAGGUGGUACAGUCCUGUCCGAGUCCGGCCUGCCGGUACUACAAGGGUCAGCUAGGAGUCGCCCCUUUCAUGGAUCAACCUUCGUACGCUGCUGGUGGUGGGGGUAGUGGUGGUGCUGGAGGACCAGGGCCGGCACCACCACCACCCGGAGGACAUCUUAACUCGGCGGAAUAUUUGACGCAUUUGCAACAGCAGCUAGGCCAGCAGAAUGCCGGUCUUUUCGAAAUGGGAGCAAACGAUCGCGAUCCCUCCAAGACCCUGAUGGGUCAGGUGAAACACUCGAAACCGACCGCUUCACCACAGCACCAGCAGCCACACAUCAGUGCGGCUCUGUUCCAGCAGCAGCAACAGCAACAACAACAACAGCAGCAACAACAGCAAAGCCGUGCUAUUGUGCCACCGAAAGCACCACCACCGUUCGAUGGGUUCAGCAAUUUGUCGGCGUUUGAUAAACAGCGCAUGUUACAGCAUCUCCAGGACAAGCAGAAGCAACAUUUCGACGUGGGACAACAUAUCGCGCCGCAACCACACGUCGUCGGUACGGGAGUGCUGGGUGCGGGUGUCAUCAGCAAACAGCAACAGCAAGCCGCCAACAUGUUACAGCAACAUCAAACACAGUCGCAUCAGUCAAGCAAUGCUACGCAUCAUCAUCUUCACCAUUCGCAACAGCAGCAACAAUCGCAGCAGCAAACGCCAUCACAACCACCUCCACCGCCUGUAUCACAACAGCCACAACCAUCCACUAUUGUUGGACCGUUGAUACCGCCGCCAUUGAUGAAUCAACCACAACAACAGCAGCAACAACAGCAACAGCAGCAACAACAACAACAACAGCAACAACAACAUCAGCAACAACUAGCAAUGCAAGCGCACCUAAGUCAGCCACCGCUCCAGACGGUCAACAUGGACACCGGGCACAAGCUGUCGGAUUAUAUGCGUGGUGCAGUCGAUCCACACGAGUGCGUAUCGACCGCUAGUAGUGAGCUGCUGGCACUGCACAACGGUGCCUGGAGCCGGGAGCAAGGUGGCGAGCAGGGCGGCGCCAUCAGUCAGGACAAAAUUAUCCGUGCGUUCAGCGAGCUGAUGCGCAACAUUGCCAAAAUGAAGACCUUCAUACGGCCGAGCAUGUGCAAACCGUACGGCAAGCAGUCGGAGAGUUUGCAGAAAACACUAUUCGACACAAUUCAGUUGCUGCAGAUGUUGCGAAACUGUCUUCCGGCACCGCACAUACCGGUCUCGUCGUGGAAGGGAACGGACGUAACCGGCAGCACCGAGACGUCAUUGAAUUAA